GCCAAAACCAGUGAGAAGCUUCAACCAUGUUCUCCGCCAAAAACACCACCUCCAGCUCCAAGAAGCGCCGCCCGGAACCGGAGCUGGACCUCACCAAAUCCGAUCAGAGAAAGCGAGCCCCCAAGGAUCUUGAUCUAGACCUCGACCUCGACAGCGAUAUCAAAGGCAUCGUUUCUGCGCUUCAACAAAUCAGAGAGAAAGCUCAUAAGGAUGGCCAGAAGAAGAACGAAGAGACCAUUUCAAGUGUGGCUGCUGAGAUUAAGUCUAUGAUUGAUGAAUUGAAGUCCAAAUUUGACAAAGAUAGACAAGGUUUUUCUAAAGCACUUUCGAAGAGCUCAAAAGAGUUUGAGAACUGUUUGAAAAAUGAAACUUCCAAGUUCCAAACACUUUAUCAGCAAUUUUGCAAGGAAAAAGCAACCCAUUUGCAGGUGUUGAAAGAUAUCAUUUCCAAGUUUGAAGAAGAGAAGGAAAGGCUUUUAAAGCGAUAUGAACAAAUGAGGAAGAAAGAAAAGAGUAUGAUGUCAGAACAUGAGAAAGCUUGCGGAGAUAAAAUUACUCGAUUGGAGGAGUCUCUGAAAAGGAAAACUCAGGACGACAAAACUUUCAGCAUUUUGAGGAAAACUUUGGGUUCCCUUUUUGAGAAUGCCUCGGAUGAGGAUUUCCCACCUGAUGAUUAAAGCUUUGCUUCAGUGUUGGCAUCUCAGAAAAAAGGCAAAACUGAC